AUGUCUGAGCUCGCCGUGUACCGCCAGUGGCUGCAGCAUCUCUCCAGUCCUAUUGACGAGCUGAAGGGAAAGAUUCGCGAAACACAGGAGUCCAUCACCGCCGAGAAGAGAAAGAGCCUCAGUCGAAGGGCUACAGGCGGUGGUGGUGGUGGUGGUGGUAAGAACAAUCGAAACAACAGCAACCGAAAUCAAUCCAAUCCAAAUGCCGCAGCAGUCGCAGCCGCCGCCGCUAGUCAGCGAGCAAUUGAGGUGAGGGAGAGCCUGUUGACGGUCUACCGAGAUGAAUUGGCGGCAAUGGAAACCUUUGUGAAGGUGAUCGCCGUCUUUGUGAUUAAGAACUCUGCUGCUGAUGGCGCCGAUGAUGAGAACCUCGUCAGCCUACUGCAGCCCUAUCAGCACCUGUUGAAGGGACUAGCUCCAAAGAACUCUCUCCAGGUUAAGACGCCCAUUCGUCGAAACUCUUCGAAGCGCAGCUCUGGCCGUCGCAAUCGCAACCGCCGCUCAAACAGUCAGCCUCGUGGCACGCCGGAAAAGCUUAAAAUGAAGGAGAUUAUUGGCGCUCUAAAGGGCGAACCAGAGAAAAAAGGCGCUGAAAAGGAGCCAGGAGUGAUUGAUGUACUGGCCGAGAAGGAAAAGUUGCUCAGUUUGAAAUACUACGGUAGUCACUUUGCUGACACUCUUAAGGUAAAUGCGGAAACAGCUGCUGAUGCUCAAAAAGAAGAUGUUGCUGUUAUUGAAAAGUCAGCUGAACAAGAGUCAGCGACUUCAAUUGAGCCGAAAGUAGAGGAGCCAGUUGAAACCAUUCCAAUGCCAGUCACAGGCAAAUCAGCAGCUGAUCUAGUCAAACCAGCUUCAAGUGCUGAAGAAGUUCAGUCAAAAGAUGACGACAAACAUGAGACAGAGGCGGAAACAGUCAUUGAAAGUCAGCCGGCUGAUCUUUCGGAAGCAACAGUCCCUAAAUCGUACGCUGAAGCUGCAGGUGCUGAGGUGCACACUGCCCCAACGAGCACUCCCAAGUUUGUCCAACUAGUUGAUCCACUUCCAAGUGAGGGCAUUGUUUCCGUUGCUGAUGAUCAGUCGAUUGAAGCAGCUGAGGAAACUGGCGAAUCGCCCAUCCAAGCUUCUGAAAACAGCGCUGAUGACACUGCUGAACAGCAUCAUGAGGACAACAACAAAUCAGCUGAUGUUGAAGUGACGAAAGAUAAAGCAGCGGAAAUCACUGCAAAUGGAGAACUUAAAGUCGAAGAAAAACGUGACGAUAAUGCUGCUGCUGAAGCAGAUAUACCUGAACCUAAGAUGGAAGAUGUUUCAGCUGAGAAGUCAAAAUUACCUGAGAGCAACGGCAUCAUCAGUUUGCCAACUGAAUCGCUGCCUAAUGGUGACACCACUACUGCUACUGCCACCACCGAUCCACCGCCAUCAACCAUCACCAAAUCAGAUUCGACCAUUUUGAAUGAGAAUCCAUCGCUAGCCCUGCCAGUCAUCUGCUCACCCAUUCUACCUCGAGCCGACUUUUCACCCGUUUCAGCGUCUGCAGCUGGUGCUGCUCCGCUUGCUGAGACCGAGGAGUUUACUACUAAAUCUGCUGAUGUCGAUUCACCACCACCAUCACCGCCAUCACCAUCGCCGUCGCCGCCAUCAACUGCAGCAGCAGCUUCCAGCAUCGAAACUGACGCAAAGGAGGACAUCAAAGUGAACAACACUGAAGUUGUUGAGUCAGCUGAGAAAGCAAAGGAAAAGACGACCCUGCUGAAGACUGGUGAGGGUGCAGAGAAAAGCACUGCUGCUGCUUCUGACAACCAAUACGGGACAUUCUCUGAGCCGAAAGUUGAGGUGAAAGUGGUCACUGAUCAGCAAACUGAAACGUCAAAAGUGGUGGAAGAGGUGCCUGAGCCGGCUGCCGGCAAAACUGAUUCGGAAGCUCAAAAGCCGGAAACGCCAAAGCCGUCAGCAACGGCUGCACCGGUAAACCCAGCGCCGCCAGCUUCUGCUGCCAAAAAUGGCAGCUCAAAGAACAACAACGGCAAUAGCAGCAGCACUAAAAUGGGCUUGAAGAAGAGGUCAUCGGCGAAGAAGGAGAAAAAGAGCAAAAGUGGAAAGCGAUCGGCAGGAAACAAUAACGGGUCGAAUGCAGGCCGUUCAAAGCCCAAAGCCUGUUGCUCAGUCAUGUAG